CGUUGCCAGGUCAUGUUUUUUUCCGACGAAUCCGAGGGUUUAUAAAAUCCAGGAUGAGUUCGAUAUGCGGAGCUGAACCUAUGAGAGAAGCCUCCUCUGUGCUGACUAACGCCGACUCGUUUCGUGUCUGAACUGGUGCUUGCAAGCGCAUACGUUAUUCAGUGGUGAAUGCGCAAUGGCGUCCUUUGCUCCCCUGGCAGUUUCAUGGACUGGCUCGUCGGAGCAGGACCAUUGUUUGAAGUGAAAGAUGGAGUAUUCGAAAGAAAAGGUCUUGUCGCUUAUCAAGGAGAAGGAUAACAUCGAGCAAAAUAUCAAGGAGUUUUGGGAUAUUUUGAAGACGAAUAAUGUGGGAAUGAAUGAUCCAUUGAUAGAUCAUGAAGGCUACCCAAGAUCUGAUAUUGAUGUCUAUCAAGUACGUCAUGCCAGACACCAAAUCAAAUGUCUUCAAAACGACCACACAGCCCUCCUGAAACAGAUUGAGGAAGGGCUUGUUGCAGUCCACAGUCAGGCACUCACUGCAGAGGUUGACCCCAAUGGUGUGAACGUCCCUCCUCCACAGCCCACCUUUGAGCCUUUUGCUAAAGUUGACCAUGUGACUUUAGGAUCUCCUGCACAUAUAGCGGGCCUACAGGAAGGCGACCAGAUCGGAAAGUUUGGAUCGGUUGUGAGCAGCAACUUCCGCAACAUGACUAACAUUGCAGAAAUUGUGAAUCACUCGGUGAACUCCACAAUUCAGGUCAUUGUCCAGAGAGAAGAGCAGAGUGUGACAUUGUCCCUUACUCCACGACCAUGGUCUGGUAGAGGACUUCUAGGCUGCAACAUCGUCCCUAUUGAAAGAUUGGAUCGAUAAGAACCAAAGUUUUUAAAAAUGCAAAAUAUGGAAUAUAUAUAUAUUUGUUUUGUAUUUCUUGAUCCUUUUGAAUUAAUGGAUGUACCUUAGUGGUUUUUUUUUCUUUUUUCUUUUUGUAUAUAUAUAUAUUUUUGUUCUAAUUUAUGGCUGAUAAUUUUUUAAUGUUACAUUCAGUGACAUGUUCACAAAGAGGGGGAAAAAAUUAGUGGAUUUUUGCAUUCACAACUUAUGACUAUUUAUCAUCAUUAUGAGAUUCUCCUGAAAGGGCAGGUUACCUUAAAGUAUUUUAUUACUUUUAUUUUGUAGUGUUUCAUUGUUUAAAAAUGAUAAAAUUUAUGAUUUGAACAUUAAGGUAUAAGUUGCUUUGAUUUUGUUGUUUACUUUGUGUCAUGUUCUAAUACAAGGAAUGUUGCUUAUUUGGAAAUUAGGAAAUAUUUUUUUACUUGAGGAGAAUCACAGGGUGCUAGAUCAUUUGUAGAUUAGUGAGUUUUGUUGUACGAAAUGGCUCAAAAAUCAUUGAGGGCAUAAACUAGUUUUUGAAGUACCAUUACAUAUGGCCCUCCUUACUGUCAUUCUAUCUAAAAACUCACAGAAAAACCUUUGGAGAAGAUACAAGAGCUUUUGUUUUUUUACAAAAUCUUGAUGUGAAAUAAGAUCUUAAAAGUUAAUGUGUAAUCACUACGAUUAUGGCAUCAGAUUAUUUAGAGUCUAACUGAUAUUGAUCUAAAAUUAUGUCAUAGGAGAUAUUGUUAUGAAGAUACUAUAAUGUUAUACAUAACUUGCAGAUGUAAGGUCAAUUGCUGAAUACAUGUAAUCAAGUGUU